UGGUUCCUAUGUCCACAGGGUGGAAACCGAUCUACCGUGGAACAGAUGACUAGCCACGUUCACUACAGUGUUGGACUGCAAUGACUAAGUCCUUGUAAUAACUUCACUUGGGAAGAUUCCCAUUUCAACUUCCUUGCGUCGUCUCUCUCUCUCUCUCUCUCUCUUCUGCAACUGCGAGUACACGCUGCGCACACUCGCGCUCUACUAUCUUCCAUUUCCAUUCCACUCCUUUUACUUUCUGUGACUCGUUUCUCGACCACCCCACUAAAGAAUCCGGUCAAAUUUCGCUCUCACCCACCUGAGAUCCUGCAACAGAGGACGCCCAGUUGUAAGCUCAAGCUCUCGAAUCGCUUCGUGGAUUUCGCUUUGGUUGAAGCUAAAGACGGAAAGGUCUCUGUUGCUUCUGCAUUUCCUGAUCAUUAAGAAGUGGCACAAAAAUGGUGGAAGAGAAGUCUAUGAUUGCAAAAGAUGUCACUGAAUUAAUUGGUAAGACCCCUCUGGUGUACCUCAACCAUUUCACUGACUGUUGUGUUGCCCGAAUUGCUGCCAAGCUAGAAAUGAUGGAGCCAUGCUCCAGUGUCAAAGACAGGAUUGGGUACAGUAUGAUUGUAGAUGCAGAGGAGAAGGGCCUUAUUCGGCCGGGGCAGAGUGUUUUGGUCGAGACAACUAGCGGAAAUACUGGGAUUGGUCUGGCAUUUAUUGCAGCUGUGAAGGGUUACAAACUUAUAAUAACAAUGCCUGCUUCAAUGAGCCUUGAAAGAAGAACCGUCCUCCGUGCAUUUGGAGCUGAGCUGAUCCUGACUGAUCCAGCCAAAGGCGCGAAAGGUUCCAUUCAGAAGGCGGAAGAGAUAGCAGGAAAGACUCCAAAUGCAUACAUGCCUCAACAGUUUGAAAACCCUGCCAAUCCCAAGAUUCAUUAUGAGACCACCGGACCAGAAAUAUGGAAAAGCUCCGGUGGGAAAAUCGAUGCCCUUGUUUCUGGAAUUGGAACUGGGGGUACAGUAACUGGAGCGGGUAAGUAUCUCAAGGAACAAAACCCCAAUAUUAAGCUCUACGGAGUAGAACCAGUGGAGAGUGCAGUUUUGUCUGGAGGGAAACCUGGCCCUCAUAAGAUUCAAGGUAUCGGCGCUGGUAUCAUACCCGGAGUUUUGGACAUGGAUUUACUCGAUGAAGUAAUACAGCAAAAGAGUGCAGAAACGACUUGUUGUAGAGAACUGAAGUAUUGUGGAAUCGAAGAGGAAGAAGAGGGCGAUUGCUUAGGCAAUUUCUUUUUCCUCUUUUUUUAUUUGAAGUGGCUUACAAAUUGAUCAACCAAUCUCGAGCUGAGGCUCAGAGAACUUGUGGUGAAGGCUUCAAUUUUGAAGAGGAAGAUUGCUUAGGCAUGUGCAAAAUGUUGGAUUCUCCACUGGAGCACUCACGUUCGAUUGCGCGGGCUUCGGAUUCCUCGCUGCUGCAAACAACUUGUGGACCCUCAUCUCCGUCCCCCCCCACCUCUCUCUCUCUCUCUCUCCAAUAAUCAUUCAGUUUGCGAUGAAAUAGAUGGGGGAAGUUCAUUGCCUCUCUCGGUGCCGGUGACCAUCUUCGAAAGGUUGCAGAGAGAGAGAGAGAGAGAGAGUUUUGCCUAGCUAUAAAUUAAACAUCAUUGUUUUGGUUACUUAUGCCACAUUGGACGAAGAAUUUUCCAUGUUGGACUUCAAUUUCAUUCUGAAAAGCCAUAUUGGAGUCAAAAUUAGUUUAAAAAGCCAUGUGGGAUGAAUUGCCAAAAUAGACACGAACGAUUUUUACCGAUAUGGAACUCAAGUGAUCGAGAAAAGAAAAAGUUAUGGCACUCAAAUGAACGCACGUAUGAAAGUUAUGGCACUUGUGAUAUCCUUAUGCCUAUAUCAGGUGAUGGAAGAGCUAAAUGACAUAAAGACGGAUAAUACUGGUUUUAGCAAGAAUGGGUUCGUAAGCAAUGAGCUUUCUAAGUUACGGUUUCUUUUCUUAGGAGUGAGCUUAGGUUUGAUAGGAAAUUGCAAGGUGGCUUCGAAUAACAAGUGGAAAAUUAAAACAAGUCUCCCGUUGUUUGCAUGGCUUCACAAUUAUGUGUAUGGACAUUGUAACUUCAUCCUACUGAUGUACUUUGAUAGUCUCGUGUUGGAAUUCCGAAAUUGUUCGUUUUAUGAGUGCUUGUUGACUUUGUACUCUUUGCAAUAUAUCUGGAUAAAGCAAAUGCACAAGGACGAAA